AUGGUGAAGGUCUCUGCAAAAAAUCAAUAAAUCUCAAUUCUGAACAUUAUUGAAAGAGUGAAAUGUUAUUGUACGGCUCCUGGAAGUGCGUAGCGGCACUCUGCCUCCUGGCAGUCGCAGGGACAGCGGCAGCGCAGGACCGACAUGAGAUGAUGUCGGGAAUUACUAGCGGCGUGGUGUCGCAGUCCAUGCAGGGCCGGCGGAGGCGACCUGUGCAAGCUCCAGUCGCGACGUCGCGCGUCUUCAUGCCAGACGUUUUACCAUUCGUGGAAACAUCAAGGGAUAACCAAAACGAGAUUGAAUCUCGUGACAACAGGCGGGGCAUGCCAGACGUCUUACCAUUCGUGGAAACAUCAAGGGAUAACCAAAACGAGAUUGCUCCUGCUGACAACAGGCGGGGCUACUACGCGCAACCUCCAAACGCACGAGAAGAUAUUGACCCGAAAAUUGACCCACGGAAUAGCAUCGUGGAGAGCAAUGACAACAAGGACGUGGUGCUGAAUAUGAAUGAGCUGUCCAUGGAUACUCAGCUGUUGAUGAGCGAAGCCAAAACAGUGGAAGAGUUCGCCCGCAUCAUGGGAUUUGAACUUCCUCCUACCAACGUCAACGUGGCAGCAUCAUCCUCCGGCAUCGCUGCGAGAUUUGGAGGCUCUAGCGAUGAUGGUGAGCAGCAUGGUUGA